UUUAGUCUGUUGAUUAAGUUUAAGACGAGAAGAGCUCUAAAAUAUUAGCUGGAUCAAGUAAAAUCCAGUUCUUUAGUUAAGUUUAAAAUUUCUAUAAAAUGAAGGCAACAGAAUCGCGGACAGCACUCGAGAAGCUCGAAAUUUGCAUAAACACAUUAAAUCAUGCACUAAUUGCAAUUACGACAUUUUACUCAACAUGGUACUGUAUUAAUUAUGGUUUUGACAAGCCCCACACCUAUCAUGUUCUGCUGACAUCUCUCGGAUAUCAUUUAUUAUUGGCAGAAGGCAUAAUGUCGAUGUAUAAUGGAAAUACUUUUACAUUGUUCACGAGUCGAUCGGCCAAAACAAACAUUCAUUGGAUACUCCAAGCAACUGGUGGUUCAUUGGGAUUGUAUGGAUUCUUCCUCGAAGUCGUGCAACGAGCACAAGCAGGCAAAAAAUUGUUUCAUAUUUGGCACGCUCGUUUUGGCUUGGUCUCGGCAAUAUUUUUGUGUCUGUCUAUACUCUCCGGAUGCUCAGCGCUGUUUUCAGGCAAAUUAAAGACCUUCUUGCGUCCAAUUUUCUCAAAGUUCUUCCACAAUGUAUUUGCAAUAUUCUCAUUCAUUUUUGGAAUAGUUGCGAUGAUAAUUUCCUACAACACGCGAAGUUUUGCACGUAAUAUUGAUCCUGGUAAUAUGAGAUAUGCAAUGAUUGGAUUUUUAUCAUGCAUCCUACUGUUUACAUUAAUUGGACCACUUAAAACUCUCUUCAGACAUUUUGGCAUUAUGUUCUCAUCGAGUGCAAAAAGUUCCGAUUCGGAUAAUGGAAGUGCUUCAUAAAAACAAUGUUUUAUUUCUAUUAAUUUAGAUAAUGUGCCAAAUAAUGUAAGCGUGUGUUGUAGUUUCUUAUUAUUAAAAGGAGGUCAUUCGAUUAAAACUUACUGCCGUUACAUUGCUAUGUGUCUAGAAUUCAGGACAGAUAUAGCAAGUAAGAAAAUUAUUUUAGGAUUAAGCAACGUUUAUUGUGUUCAUUUUUAAGGAAGCUUUCAAUAAAAAAUAUUUGAGCUAAUAUAA